GUGGCGGAGGCGGUGCUGAACCAAGUCUGCCUAACUGGAAAGUCCACACUCGCAAACACGAGCCCCCGUGGCCUCUGAGGGACAGGGGUGGCUCCCCAGGAAUGGGCUGGUGGGAGCUCCCUGGCCUCCUCCCUUGCUCUGCCCCCACUCUGCAGCAGCCAGAAGCCUCUCCGAGAACCAGACAGGCUCCAGACUGACCCUGACCUCGCGGCGGCCUUCUCCACGGGGCCGGCGCUUCCCAGGGCGGCUUACGCCUUCUGUGUCUGGGGCCAUCCGCAGACCUUGCCUUCUGAUGCCCGUGGGAGUUCGGUGCUGCCGCGGGGAGCACCUCAGGCCCCCUGUCUGCUCUCCGCCGCGGUCCGGGCGAAUGGCACCAUGUGGGGGGCCCCGAGCGGGUGCCUGCCCCCCUGGCAGCCUUUACUGAGGGUCUGCUCAGGGCCCUGCCCAGGGCUCUGUCACUCCGGCCCUCAGGCCCGAGGGGGCGGCGCCUCUGGAGACGGGACUGCAGGGAGAGACCCAGGCCCUGGAGACGAGGACCGGACCCUCCCCGGGGACGCUGGAGCUGGACCUCGAGGGAUGCUGGCGCAGAUGAUAUUAACCGUUUUCUUGAGCAACAAUGAACAGAUUUUAACAGAAGUUCCUAUAACACCGGAAACAACCUGUCGAGAUGUUGUAGAAUUUUGCAAGGAACCUGGAGAAGGCAGCUGCCAUUUAGCUGAAGUGUGGAGGGGAAAUGAACGUCCCAUACCCUUUGAUCAUAUGAUGUAUGAACAUCUUCAGAAAUGGGGUCCACGGAGGGAAGAAGUGAAAUUUUUCCUCCGACACGAGGACUCCCCAACUGAGAACAGUGAACAAGGUGGCCGUCAGACCCAAGAGCAACGAACUCAGAGAAAUGUAAUAAAUGUACCUGGAGAAAAACGUACUGAAAAUGGGGUUGGGAAUCCACGUGUUGAACUUACCCUCUCAGAGCUCCAAGAUAUGGCAGCUAGGCAACAGCAGCAGAUUGAAAAUCAGCAGCAGAUGUUGGUUGCCAAGGAACAGCGUUUACAUUUUCUAAAGCAACAGGAGCGCCGUCAGCAGCAGUCUAUUUCUGAAAAUGAAAAGCUUCAGAAAUUGAAAGAACGAGUUGAAGCCCAGGAGAACAAGCUGAAGAAAAUUCGUGCCAUGAGAGGACAAGUCGACUACAGCAAAAUCAUGAACGGCAAUCUGUCUGCUGAAAUAGAAAGGUUCAGUGCCAUGUUCCAGGAGAAGAAGCAGGAAGUACAGACUGCAAUUUUAAGGGUUGAUCAGCUUAGUCAGCAAUUGGAAGAUUUAAAGAAAGGAAAACUGAAUGGGUUCCAGUCUUACAAUGGCAAAUUGACAGGACCAGCGGCGGUGGAGUUAAAAAGACUGUACCAAGAACUACAGAUUCGUAACCAGCUUAACCAGGAACAAAAUUCAAAACUUCAGCAGCAGAAGGAACUCUUAAAUAAGCGCAACAUGGAGGUGGCCAUGAUGGACAAGCGAAUCAGUGAACUGCGUGAACGUCUCUAUGGGAAAAAAAUUCAGCUGAACCGUGUGAACGGCACGUCAUCACCACAGUCCCCUCUGAGCACAUCGGGCAGGGUCGCUGCUGUGGGGCCUUAUAUCCAGGUUCCCAGUGCCGGAAGCUUUCCUGUGCUGGGGGACCCCAUAAAGCCCCAGUCUCUCAGUAUUGCCUCAAAUGCUGCUCAUGGAAGAUCCAAAUCCGCUAAUGAUGGAAACUGGCCAACAUUAAAACAGAAUUCUAGCUCUUCAGUGAAACCAGUGCAGGUGGCCGGUGCAGACUGGAAGGAUCCGAGCGUGGAGGGGUCUGUCAAGCAGGGCACUGUCUCCAGCCAGCCUGUGCCCUUCUCAGCACUGGGACCCACGGAGAAGCCGGGCAUCGAGAUUGGUAAAGUGCCACCUCCCAUCCCGGGUGUAGGCAAGCAGCUGCCUCCAAGCUAUGGGACAUACCCAAGUCCUACACCUCUGGGUCCUGGGUCGACAAGCUCCCUGGAAAGGAGGAAGGAAGGCAGCUUGCCCAGGCCCAGUGCAGGCCUGCCAAGUCGACAGAGGCCCACCCUGCUGCCCCCCACAGGCAGCACCCCCCAGCCAGGCUCCUCACAACAGAUUCAGCAGAGGAUUUCCGUACCGCCAAGUCCCACGUACCCGCCAGCAGGACCACCUGCAUUUCCAGCUGGGGACAGCAAGCCUGAACUCCCACUGACAGUGGCCAUUAGGCCCUUCCUGGCUGAUAAAGGGUCAAGGCCACAGUCUCCCAGGAAAGGACCCCAGACAGUGAAUUCAAGCUCCAUAUACUCCAUGUACCUCCAGCAAGCCACACCACCUAAGAAUUACCAGCCGGCAGCACACAGCGCCUUAAAUAAGUCAGUUAAAGCAGUAUAUGGUAAGCCCGUCUUACCUUCGGGUUCAACAUCUCCAUCGCCGCUGCCGUUUCUUCACGGGUCGCUGUCCACGGGCACACCACAGCCUCAGCCACCUUCAGAAAGUGCUGAGAAAGAGCCUGAGCAGGAUGGCCCCACCGCCCCCGCAGAUGGCAGCACCGUGGAGAGCCUGCCACGGCCACUCAGCCCCACCAAGCUCACGCCCAUCGUGCAUUCGCCACUGCGCUACCAGAGUGAUGCGGACCUGGAGGCCCUCCGCAGGAAGCUGGCCAACGCGCCCCGGCCCCUGAAAAAGCGCAGCUCCAUCACGGAGCCCGAGGGCCCCGGCGGGCCCAACAUCCAGAAGCUGCUGUACCAGCGCUUCAACACCCUGGCCGGUGGCAUGGAGGGCACCCCUUUCUACCAGCCCAGCCCCUCCCAGGACUUCAUGGGCACCUUGGCCGAUGUGGACAAUGGAAACACCAAUGCCAAUGGAAACCUGGAAGAGCUCCCCCCUGCCCAGCCCACAGCCCCACUCCCCGCUGAGCCUGCCCCAUCAUCAGAUGCAAAUGAUAAUGAGUUACCUUCCCCCGAACCAGAGGAGCUCAUCUGUCCCCAAACCACCCACCAAACUGCCGAGCCGGCAGAGGACAAUAACAACAACGUGGCCACGGUCCCCACCACGGAGCAGAUCCCGAGUCCUGUGGCUGAGGCCCCAUCUCCAGGGGAAGAGCAGGUCCCUCCAGCACCUCUUCCCCCUGCCAGCCACCCUCCUGCCACCUCCACGAGCAAGCGGACCAACUUGAAGAAGCCCAACUCGGAGCGGACGGGGCAUGGGCUGAGAGUCCGGUUUAACCCCCUGGCACUGCUCCUAGACGCGUCUCUGGAAGGAGAGUUCGAUCUGGUGCAGAGGAUCAUCUAUGAGGUGGAAGAUCCCAGCAAGCCCAACGACGAAGGGAUCACCCCACUGCACAACGCCGUCUGCGCCGGCCACCAUCACAUCGUGAAGUUCCUGCUGGAUUUUGGUGUCAACGUGAAUGCUGCUGAUAGUGAUGGAUGGACGCCGCUGCACUGCGCUGCCUCUUGUAACAGCGUUCACCUCUGCAAACAGCUGGUGGAGAGUGGUGCCGCCAUUUUUGCCUCAACCAUAAGCGACAUUGAAACUGCUGCAGACAAGUGUGAGGAGAUGGAGGAAGGCUACAUCCAGUGCUCCCAGUUUCUAUAUGGGGUGCAGGAAAAGCUGGGUGUGAUGAACAAAGGUGUGGUGUAUGCUCUGUGGGACUACGAGGCCCAGAACAGUGACGAGCUGUCCUUCCACGAAGGGGACGCCCUCACCAUCCUGAGGCGCAAGGACGAAAGCGAGACUGAGUGGUGGUGGGCUUGCCUUGGAGACCGGGAGGGCUAUGUGCCCAAAAACCUGCUGGGGCUGUAUCCACGGAUCAAACCCCGACAGCGAACGCUCGCCUGAACUUCCUUUUGGAGCACCGCAUGGUCUUGCCAGCUACCAGGAGCCACUGAAGAGAUUAUUGUGCUGUUUUCCAGGAAAGCUGCAGCUAGAAAAUGGUCUUAAUGGUGCUCACUUUAGCAGACAGCGUCCACAAUGUGAAUCCUACAGUUUCCAGGUGAGGCCCUUUCUCUAGUUUGCCCAUAACUGGGAGAGGUACUUUCGCCUCCAGGGACUGAAUUUUGCCAAUUACUGUAAAUCCAAAUAAAUACCCACUUUCAAAACACCCACCCCUCUUGCCAUUAAGAAGUCCCAUAACCCCUGGUUGGUUGCCAGUGAAGACAGAAGCUCUUACUGACUUGGCCCCGAGGCCAUCACCCCUCCAGCAGUGAACACAGUCCGCCGCUGUGAGGCCUGCUCCCCUGCGACCGCCCUGCCUCCUGUCACCGAAUCGGACACUCAUCCUUUCUCACACUUCCCACACAUGAUCCUUCUUCCCUUCAUCACCAAAGGAGCCUCUGUAUGGAAAAAAGUCCAGUGUUGCUGCCCAGUGUGUAUGCCUCCCAGUACCCACUCUGCUCGGCCGUCUUGGGGGUUCCGCUUCCUGUUCCAGUUCACCUAAAGGCUGAUCGUGCAGGCCCAGCACUGUGGCUGGACUGCCGCGCCACGGGCACCAGGACCCCUAAGACCAAGUGACAAUUGGGAGAGCCUCAGCAUAUACUCUUCUCCUCCGAUCUCACAGCCUGUCAUGCUGCUCAGUGUGGUUCUCACCCCUGCAAGCUCAAAUUCAGUUCUCUGAAUGGAGUCAGGUGCUGGAGGCCGUGGCAGCGGAGGGUGGUUGGGGUUGGGACUGGGGGUGGACUGGUGUGAGGGCAGACCAGGGCCAGGUAGACGGGCUGUUUGGUGCCUGAAGGAUGGCAGACGCCUGGUGUCAGGAGGGGCCGCCACCAAGGGGCAGCAGCUGGGGCAGAGGAGCUGGGGUCAGGGGCCACCCCUCUCUGCUGAUCUCCCUGCCUGGGCUGGCUGUGAGGCCACCACCUUUGUCCCAGGCCCAGCCUCAAGGCAAGGAGGGCGCUUCACUGAGGUGUGAAUUGUACCUACAGGCUUUUUAUAUACCAAAAGUAUUUUUUGACUAGACCAUUCAAAGCUACCCGAACUAUGUUGGAAAUUUUUUUUUUCCUCAUUAAAUUACAGGCCCUUAGGCUCUAUUUUUCAUGUAUGAGUCUUGUGUGUAAUUUAUGUAAAAAUGUGUGUAUAGACUCACUGAUGCAGCACUGUAGCCCAUCACCUCGGAGCACUGACUGUACAUAGUGUGGGGAAGAAAAGUGAACGCCAUUGUAGAGCAGCCCGGCCCCAGGAGCGUGGCCACUGCCAGCCCCGACGCUGCUGACGCUGUGUAAAUGUGCACAAUAAACCCGUCUCACCCCGG